AUGAGCCAGGUCUCGAGCCGCAGGGGCGCCUACGGCUCCACCAAUGGCUCCUCGAUCAACCAAAAGGCCGCCCUCGCCUCGGCCUACCAGGAGCUGGGCAAGGAGCUCUCGUCGGGCAAGCUCAAGGCCGUCGGCAACUACACGCUCCAGCGGCCCAUUGGCGAGGGCACGUACGGCAAGGUCAGGCUGGGCCUGCACCGCCUCACAAACACGCGCGUCGCCAUCAAGCAGGUGCCCAAGGCGCACUCGGCCAGCCUCACCCGCGAGAUCCACCACCACCGCCGCCUCCACCACCCGCACGUCAUGAAGCUCUACGAAGUCAUCGCCACCGAGCAGUACAUCUGGAUGGUCUCGGAGCUCUGCGCCGGCGGCGAGCUCUACGACUACCUCGUCGAGCGCGAGUACCUGCCCGAGGCCGAGGCCAGGCGUGUGUUUGGCCAGCUCUGCCUCGCCGUCGCCUACAUUCACGCAAAGGGCAUCGUCCACCGCGACCUCAAGCUCGAAAACGUGCUCCUCGACGAGCGCUGCAACGUCAAGCUCGGCGACUUUGGCUUCACCCGCGAGUUUGAGGGCAAGAGGCUCAUGGACACCUUUUGCGGCACAACGGGCUACGCGGCGCCCGAGAUGCUCGCCGGCAAGCGGUACACGGGCCAAGAGGUCGAUAUCUGGUCGCUCGGCAUCAUCUUGUACGCCCUGCUGUGCGGUGCGCUGCCGUUCGAUGACGACGACGAGGCCGUCAUGAAGGACAAGAUCCUCAAGGGCGUAUUUGAGCUGCCAGAAUGCCUCUCGUCCGAGGCACAGGACCUCAUCACGAGCAUCCUCCAGCUCGAUCCGCUCCGGCGGCCGACGAUCGAGACCAUCCUGAGCCACGCCUGGUUCUCCAAGGUCAUCGUGUCGACGCCCAUGUCGACGCUCGAAGAGGACGAGCCUGCCCUCGGCUACUUUGACUCGGGGACCUUGCCGGGUGCCGUGGAGGGCUCCGAGUCCGCUCUCGUCGACACGCCCGAGCUUGCUGGCGCCGCGACUCCGGCGGGCGACGCGGCAGCCGAACCAUCCGCGACUCCCCAUCCAUCGACUGACCUUGGCUCGACUGAGGCGGGAGCGAGUGCAUCCGCCGCUGAGACGGUGAAUGACGACGACGAUGACGCCGACGCCGCCACCGAUGCCCGUGGCAACCGCAGCCGGCCAGCAUCGCCGCUCGACGACGCGCUGGGCACUGUCCGCCACCAGUCCUCGGUCUCGGGCGCGUCCGAGAGCAGCUUCUAUUCGGCCCGCAGCGACAGCGAGUCGAGCGAUCGGAGGUCGAGCACGACCGAGGAGACGGACCCGACCACGGCCGAGAGCGGUUCCAAGCGUGGCGACCCGGGGGACGAGGUCGACGCUGCAGAGCAUCCCGCUUCUGCCUCUGGGCAGCCGGGCGCGGCCGGGUUGGAAGCUACGGACGUCGGCGCCCGGACUAAGCUUCCACGAAACGAAUCGCAGUCCACAAUCAGGCGGGCGGGCUCCACCGGCAGCGAUGCAUCCCAUGGCGCCCACGCGCUCCGACCGGCGGGCCGGACGACGACGACCGCCUCUUCUUCGCUGCCAACCCACCACGAGCACUCGAGCGACCGCGGCAGCGGUGGAGCCGGCGAAUGCGAUGGCGAUGGCGAAGACACGCCGAUAGCCGCGCGCUCGUCGAGCCUGCAGAAGCGGGGGUCGCAGGGCUCCUCGUCGCGAGGGCACCACCGCACCCCAUCCCGCACCAAGCGCAAGUCGAUCUCGUCUGGCGGGCUCUCUGACCACCACCCGCCCCUAGUCGGCAGUCGCCCGAUUGACUACGUGGCCCAACUGACGCAGCCGCAGUCUGCCGCCUUCUGCACGGCGCUCGAGCAGAACCUGCUGCACCAGCUCAGCGGCCUUGGCGUCGACGUGGGCCAGCUCGUGCACAGCAUCUGCACCGAUGCGUGCGACGCCAGCGGCGCGCUCUGGUGGAUGCUGGUGCGCAAGGCCCAGGAGCGGGAGCCGGCCAUGGCCGAAGCGUCGGGCCAGGUCCACGUCGCUCCCUCGACACCGCCUCGCAGCGUUGCGCCUCAGCCACACGCACAACCGCCGCCGGCGUCGGCGCUGCCGCCUACACAGACCGCGGAGACGUCGCCCGUUCCGCCGCCGUUGCCGCAAAAGGACCCGUCCAGACGCUCGCACGAUCGCGGCGGCCGGUACGGCAUGACGGCAUCCAAGUCAAUGGACUCGUCGCUGUUCGACAGCGUCGGCAGCGGCAGCGGCAGCCGCCUGCACACCGUCAUCUCGCAGGAAGAGAUCGACGCAAGUCCUUCGUCGCCGGGGCAGGUGCCGUCGGCCAAGGUCCCCGGCCUGCCUGACGACACGCCGCCGGCGACGAGGACGGCGAGCGGCCUGCCGCUGUCUGCCUCGCUCAACACGCUGCCGAUCGCCAUCCACGCGACGCCCGAGCACGCCUCCAUGACCUCCACCACGCCUUCCAAGACGAGGCCAAAGCAUCGUCACAUGCCGACCACGCCCUCGUCGCUGGGCUCCGGCCGGGCACAGAGCCCAGAGGAGACCGGCUCCCCGAUGGGCACGCCCAAGUCGAAACGCCACCAGCACGCGGACCGCGCCAGGAGCAACUCGCUCUCGAUGAAGCAGUUCGCCUCGACGGUGCUGGGCACGCGCGACAAGUCGCCGCAGCCCGAGCAGGUCUGCGUCGCCGGCGAGAACCUGCCGUUCGAGAGGUCCAAGAGCCCCAGCAUCUUUGGCAAGCGGACCAACAGCGCCGGCGGCGGUGUCAAGGAGGCGCAGUCGAUCGCGGGCAAGCUCGCCACCGCCUCGACGCCCAAGAAGGCGAGCAUCGACGCAUCGAGCCCGAGCCUGGGUUCGGACAAGGGCCGCAAGAGCACGAGCAAGGCAGGCGCAGGAGUAGGCGCAGGGGCCGACGUCGCGGCGGUCCAGCGCAUCAGGGCCGAGGAGGCGAUCGAAGCCGGCAGCCGCUCGCCCGGCCGCUCCGGCGACGAGGCCAAGUCGACGCCAUCGGCCUCGGUCGACUCGUUCAGCACCACCUCCCUGACGCCGCAGAACAGCGAGCGCGGCUCCAAGCAGAAAUCGGGCUCGUCGUUCAUGGCCACCGUCCGCACGUGGCUCGGGGCGCACGAGAAGCAGGGCGGGCGCAAGCAGCAAAAGGGCAGCGCCAAAAAGGUCAACAAGGCGGGAACCUCGAGCCUCGGCUAUGACGGCCCCGCAUCGGCCAGCCAGCUGUCGAACCGGCCCGCCAGCGUGCGGAAGCGGAGCGGGCCCUACCACGCCGCGCCGAUCCAGCGGCGGCCGUCCAAGGCGUCGCAGAUGGGAUCGCUGAGCCGCAGGUCGUCGACGGGCAGCACCAAGCACUUCAACCCGGACUAUGCCAGCCCGCCGCACCAGCAGUACGCGCGGCCGUCGACGCUGCGCAGGCUCAGCGCCGGAAGCAUCACACCGACGGCCACGCUCUACGGCGACUACGUGCAGGAGCACCACCCUGGACACGGGCGGACGCCGUCGCGGUCCAGUCGGCCGUCGAGCGGCCACUCGCAGCACCUGUCUGGUCUGCAGGGGCGCAAGGGCUCGGCCAGCAGCGGCCACUCGGCGUUCCGCAAGCAGGGCGGCUCCGCCUAUUCGUCCGGCAGCGGCCGCCGGCAGUCGCACCGCCUCAGCCACGACGGCGGAACCGUCGUUCGCCGCCAUCGCGCCUACGGCUCCUCGAGCGGCAGCCCGAGCCGGCGCAACUCGAGGCACGAUUCGAGGCCCGGCUCGCUCAGGUCUCGAAACUCGUCGCCGGGCAGGUUGCCGCUCGAGGGCGCGGUCGAGGAGCUCGACGACUUUGCACGGUCGGUGCAGUCCGGCAUCAGCACGCCUCGGCGGUCGCUCGACUCGAGCUCACGGCGGCCCUCGUCACUGCGCCACGAGACGGCGUCGGGGCGCCAGUCUCCCCUGUCGACCGGCACGGGCGGCGCGGGGACGGGAGCCCGAACGCCGGCCCAGGCCCAGCACCACAGCAUCUUUCUGCGCGACGUCUUUGCCAACAAGGAACUCGACGACGACUGGACCGACGAGGACGAGGAGCCGGCCUACAGCGGCGGGCUGGGCCAGCUCGACUCGCUCAGCGGCAGCGGGUGGCCGUCCGACUACUCGACCAUGGCGCGCAACGAGACGCUCAAGGGCUCGCCCUACGCCACGCGCGUCUUCCGCGACGGCCCAGAGAUGCACGGUGCUUCGAUGGCGAUGCCCUCGCGCUUCGGUGGCUCGGUGGGCGGCGGCGGUGGCGGAGGCAGCGGCAGCGGCAGCAUGGCCCCCGGCAGCAGCAUGCUCGGCUACGGCCGGUACGCUGGCGUGCGCUCCCUCUUCCAGCCGCCGAGCCUGGGCAACGAAUUUUCGCCAAAGACGCUCUCGAUGACGUUCCACGACGCCGCCACCGCCGCGAGCGGCAGCUCGGCACGAGGGUCGAUGGACACGACGGGCGGCGAGAGCGCGACCAGCGACGGCGGCGGCAGUGCCAACGUCGACGGCAGUGCCAGCAAGUCGCCUUCGCUCGCCUCGGCUGCCGGCUCACCGACCGCGGCGAUGGUCGCAUCCGCAUCCGGUUCUGCAGCCGCAGCCGCAGCGACGCCCACGCCAACGCCUGCGCCGGCGCUAGGGCCUGGAUCCAGGGUGCGGGCGGGAUCGGCGGCGGCGUCCGUGUCGGCCUUUAAGGGCAACCACAUCAUUGAAGAGGAAGAGGAGGACGAGUAG